AUGGCGAAACCAAAGAAUUUGGCAAAACAGAUUAAGGAAUUGGAAGAUCCUAUUCCUAAGGAUUUCGACCCGGAAGAUGAUAAGCCGGCGCAAGAGAGCGAUUCGGAAAGUGGUGGUGAGGAGAGUGAUGAUGGACUGGCGGGGACAGAACAUUAUGUUCAAGUUGGAAAGAGCAAGCUUCGAAAACCAGAAGAAGCCGCCCUUGGACCGCAGUAUGCCGGAUCUCGAGUCACUCGCGAACAAUUGAUGAACGCCGAUGAUGAAGAUGAAUCCAAUUCAGUGUAUGAAAGUGCUGACGAAGGAGCAAAAAUCGAAGGAAUGGAGUUUAAUGGAGAAUUUGAUGAUAUGGAAGUCGACAGUGAUGAGGCUUUAGGGGAGAGUGAUGAUGAGAGAUUCAAGGAUUUCGUUUUUCGAGGAAGUGGAAAGCCAAAGAAACCUACGAAGAAGCCUGUGGAUAUCAAUGGUGUGAAGAAAAGACCUACUGCUGCUGAUUUCAUGUCGGACAGUGGUGAGGAAGAGGGCGUGAAGUUGUCUGAAGCGGAAGACGAUGAUAACGAGGAGGACAUUGAGGAUGAGGAGGCAGACGAGACUGAUGAAGAUAUCAUGAAUGUCGACGCUCAACAUCCCGAGCCCACGAACGAUAUUGAAGAAAGUUUUAACGAGGAAGAGGAAGAUUCGGAAAACUUUGACCAGAGCGAUGAAGAGGAAAUCGACGAUGACGAAGAGAGUGAAGAAGAAGAUGCAUCCGAUGACGAUGAGAAUGAUGAGGAUGAGCAAUCAAGACGUGCUGAGUUGCGAAAGAUCAUGGGGGAGGAACAGAAAACAGUUGUCGCAACAAUUUCUCAAGCGGCAAAGGCAGACGCUGAUAAGGGCAAUGCUGUGAAGAAACAACGCAAAGCAUUCGACUCUCUUCUCAACGUCCGCAUUCGCCUCCAAAAAGCAUUGGUAGCCACGAACUCGUUAGCCGCGGCUGAUGAUAAGGAUCAGGAGGACAGCGUUGAGAAUCCUUUCCAAGCCGCAGAGGAGGCAGCCAUUAAAUUAUGGAAUACAAUCGAUCGAGUUCGACACGAUCUCUCAAAGGCAUCCGAUACAUCCAAAACAGGACAGAAACGGAAGCGCAAAAUUGACUCCACCACUGCCUCGUCGGCUAUUUGGGAGCGAAUGCAAGCCUCCGAGGUUGCCAAUCUCGACACUCGACAAACUGUCCUCGAAAAAUGGUCUAGCAAAGUCCGCGCCACAACAGCCCUUCCAAUUUCCCGCAAACUUAACCCUAAUGCCCCUCAGCAAUCUAUCACUUCUCUUAUCCAAGAUACUCUUUCUAGUUCCGAGCACCUAGUCUCCCGCACCAAAGUUCCCCGCUCCUGUGCUCCCGUUCAAAAACAGAUGAAACUUAUUACCGACCCCAACAUCUACGACGAUGCUGAUUUCUACCAACUGCUUCUCAAAGAAUUGCUCGAUCAACGAAUGAUUGAUUCUUCUUCCGCAGCCACUGGUGAUGCUGGUAAACCAAUGCAAUGGACUGCAGUUAAAGAGGCGAAGACGAGAAAGAAUGUCGAUACCAAGGCUAGUAAGGGUAGGAAAAUGAAGUUCACAGUUCAUGAAAAAUUGCAGAAUUUCAUGGCGCCAGAGGAUAGAAAUAUGUGGGAAGAGACUGCGAGAGAUAGAUUCUUCGCAACAUUAUUGGGACGGAAAUUGGAUUUGGGAGAAAAUGGAAACGAGGAGGAUGUUAGUGAGGAUGAGGGGUUGAGGGAAGAGGAGGGUUUGAUGUUGUUCAGAUCUUGA